UCGAAAACCAGGGGAGGUUGAGGCUGUGCAUGGUGCCCAGGGCUUGCGGUGGAGACAGGUUCCUAGGGCCCCCUGCCCUGGCCCUCUCUGACUGACAAGGUCAGAGGUGUGUCAAAACUGCCCCGGGGUGGGAAUUUUCAGGAACACAGCUCUCGAUGCAGACUAACAAUGCCACUAGCUGUCCUUUAUUGAGAGCUUGCUAUCAGCUAAACCCUCAACCUGGACCAGCUCGCUUCACCCUGCAACAGCCCCACGCGGUGCGGGUGCUACCGCUGCCCUUGUGUUCCAGACAAGAACCCAUGGCUCAGAGAGGUGCCAUGCCUCUGCAACUCCUCCUGCUGCUGAUCCUGCUGGGCCCUGGCAGCGGCCUCCAGAGGCAGGAGACCGGGGAGGAUGGAGCCACGGGGACCCCAGGCCCCCUGCUUGUCCGGGGCCGGAGACAGGUGACCAUGGUUGAGGACAUUACAGAAGACGAAGACUAUACCACAGACGGCACGGACUCUCCAGAAAUGCUUGAAGAUAGCACCGGGACUGUUCCCCUGAGCCACAAGCUUCUGGCUGUGAUGGGAACAUCGGGGCUGAGAGAUUCUGCAGGGCCUGGAACUCCUGAGCCAACCACUCUGGAGGCGGCCACAGGGGACUCUGCUGGCCUGGACGGAGGAGCGACAACCGUUGGGAAUCUGAGCACAGAACUGGCCACGCAGGUUUCUGUCACACUGGGCCCUCUGACCAAAGCACUGGUCACUGCAACCCUUCCCUUCCCAGAGGCUCUAUCCACAGGGCUGGCUACCGUGGGAGCCCUGUCCACAGAGCCAGCAGCCACGGAGGCGCUGACCACACAACCUGCAGCCACGGAGGCGCUGACCAUGGAAUCCACUGUCAUGAAGGUCUUGUCCACGGGACCAUCAGUCAAAGAGGCCCUGUCCACAGAUCCAGCCACCUCAAAGGCCCCGUCUACAGGACCUGCUACCACAAGGGGCAUAAACAAGCCCCUUCUUGUGCCCUCUGAUCCUCACAGGAGCACCACCAUGGCAGAAAGCAAUUCAUCUGCUGGCCCGACCAACCCAUGGGAAAAUAGCCAGAGUUUUACCCCGCCGAGCUCUGUGGCCCCCAACCCCACGGUGGCCUGGGACUACGUCCCGGUGAAGCAGUGUCUGCUGGCCAUCCUCAUCCUGGCCCUGCUGGCCACCAUCUUCCUUGUGUGCACCGUGGUGCUGGCUGUGCGCCUCUCCCGCAAGAGCCACAUGUACCCCGUGCGCAAUUACUCCCCCACCGAGAUGGUCUGCAUCUCGUCGCUGCUGCCCGAGGGGGGCGAGGGGCCUGCCGCCACGGCCAACGGGGGCCUGCCCACCACCAAUGGCCGGGGCCCAAAGGCGGGGCCCAGGGAGGACCGCGACGGGGACGACCUCACCCUGCACAGCUUCCUCCCUUAGCUCCCCAACCUGGCCUCCUUCCUCCGCGGCCCAGCGGGCCACCACCUGGCACUCAGGCUCCAUUCCUCAGGUCUGGGCUUCCUCGGAGAUCCCUGGGGAUGGGCAUCUUUUGAGCAGGGACCCUGGCCACCGCUGCACACAGGACUGAGAACAGCAAAGGUCCUGCCACCAAAGCAGGCCUGGCAUGCAGAAUCGCCUCGUCUCCCGUCUGCUCGGGGCUCCCUCCACAGCCCCCGCUGCCGCCCUCCCUCCUCCCUGCCGGCCGCUGGGUCUCAUGCCCAUGCACCCGGGGAGGACUCGGAGGCCCCCGCCCCUGCUCCCACCACCAUCUUCUUCCCGCCACAUGGUCACCCACAGGAAGGGGGCAUCUGGGGAGGAGUGCAGGAUUCCUGCGGCCAUUUCCUGCCGCUCCACAUUUGGGGCAGCCUGGGUUUCCUUGGGCACCUCUCCGGAGAACCCAGGUCUCGGCCUCUGAGGACGGAGGCGGGUUUGGAGGCCCAGGGCUGCACCCUUCUUUGGGACUGUGUGGACCGCCGAGCUCCCGUCUGCUGACAGAGGAACCCCAUCCUGCCCUCUCGCCUUCCCCUGCGUCCCCGUUUCCGCGCGGGCUCUGUCUGGCUCGCUGAGGUAUCCCACCGCCCGGCCCGGGCCGGGGCAGCGCAGACCCCCAAUAAAUAUUGGAUGCUCAA